AUGGUCAAGCCUUCGCCUCAACUAUGCGCCCGCCUGCGCUUCACCACCAAGCAGGUUGGCCGUGGAUUCUACCGGGGAAACCGAACUGGAUCAAUGGGUGCUCACACCGAAUACGGCCGUUACGUGAUUGACUGGCGGAAGACUGUACAUUACAACAUGCCCGACACGAAAGACUUUCCACUCUCACCCUUCGUGACCAUGGAGAUGGAACCGAAAAGCAGAGCCGAAGAUCGCCCCGACGGGACUACGUACAUACCGAAUCGGAUCGAUGCGCUGGAAUUUCUGAGGACAUGGAAAAAGCUCAAUCCUCUCGAGUAUGAUGGCAUUGUAGCUCAUCAAGAAGAAGAGCGCCGACGCUUUGCCGCUGCUGCAGCUGAACAGAUCCAUGAGCAGGCCCAGCAGGACGCCGAGGAGCUGGCCCCAGAGCAGACGCGGACGCAGAAGCAAGCUCAAAAGCAAGUCCAACAACAAACGCGACAUAUGCACACAACAAGGAGACUCUGGGCGCCUGUGCAGGCUACCGUCAUCCGAGAACAGCCCAACCAGCCUGUAAAAGAUUUUUACCAACUUUCCAGAGCAGAAAGGAAGGAGUUGGUCAACAAGGCCACAACAUCGGAAUUACGCCAGCUGAGACGGGAACGCAAGGCCCACAAAAUCACACAGCAGGAGAAGAAAGAAACAAAGAAAGACGUCAAAUUGCGGUUAAGACGAGAAUUUAUCGGCGAAGAAGUAUUCCAGGACGAAAGGGAGCUUCAAAAGAUUCUAAUCGAAGAAGGUCGUCGGAGGAAGCAGGCAGGCCUGCCUCGUGCUACGCACGAAGAGAAGGGUCAGUUUCUGGAAGAUCUACAGCGUAAGGCCCAGACGAGAGGGUUGUUCGACAAGAUAUUUGGCAGGCAAAGGGAAUGA